AUGGCUAAAAUCUCUCAAGACGUUUCUUCUUCUAGAUCUAAGGCUAGAAAGGCCUACUUCAACUCCUCUUCUGUUGAACGUCGUGCUUUGAUGUCCUCUCCAUUGUCCAAGGAAUUGCAAGCCCAGUAUGGUAUCAAGUCCUUGCCAAUCAGAAAGGAAGACGAAGUCAAGGUUGUCAGAGGUUCCAAGUCUGGUUCUGAAGGUAAGAUCUCUUCUGUCUACAGAUUGAAGUUCUCCGUCCAGGUCGAAAAGUUGACCAAGGAAAAGUCCAACGGUGCCUCCGUUCCAUUGAACAUUCACCCAUCUAAGGUUGUCAUCACCAAGUUGUACUUGGACAAGCAGAGAAAGGCUUUGAUUGUCAGAAAGGGUGGUAAGGCCGAAUAA